AUGACAACUAACAAAAAUACUAAAAAACGUUGUGUUAAAUGUGAUGAUUAUGCAAAUACGAAUGGUUUAUUUAUUUGUGUUGGAUGCCAAAAUAUGUUUUGUACUCCACAUGUAAGUCAACAUCGAGAAGAACUCAACAAUCAACUUGAAAUAAUUGUACAAGAACAUGAUUUAAUUCAACAACAACUUUCACAAUCAUCUUCUAAUCAUAUUCUUUUACAAAAAAUAAAUGAUUGGGAAAAAUCAUCAAUUGUAAAAAUUCAAAAAACAGCUGAAAAAGUUCGUAAUGAUUUUCAACAAAUAAUCAAUCAUUCAAAACAACAUCAAUCAAAAAUGUGUCAUGAUAUUGCUACAAAUCUUCGUUCUGCUCGUAAGAUUGAUAAUUUUUCAGAAAUGGAUUUAGAACAAUGGCAGAACAAAUUGAAUGAAUUAAAAACUGAUAUAGUAGACUCGUCAUCUUCAUAUAAUUUGGUUAAAGAUAAUAAACACUCACCUAUUUAUUUGAUACAAAUCGAAGUAAAGAAUAUUGUAGACAAAAACUCCAAUGUACAAUUAUCAAAUCAUGUCGAUGAUAAAUUUGGACUAAUAUUUGGUCCUGUUCAACUUGAUCGAACUGCGAUGCAUAGUACACAUGUUGGUGACAAUGAAGUAUAUGGAAGAAUUCGUGGUCAACAAAAAUAUUCUCGAGGUCGAUCAAUGAUUCGAUUUAAAAUUGAAAGAGCUAGAUCUUCUAAACAACUAUUUUUUGGUAUCACAACAACAAAUGCAGAUUUAGAUCAAAGAUUAUGGAGUGAUCCAGCAACGAUUGGUUGGUGUGGAGAUAAUAAUAUAUGGCAACAUGGUUGUCAUAAUCAACUAGAAGAUCAAUCUAUUAAUAAUCAAUUUCAAAUGGGUGAUACACUACAACUUGUGCUUGAUUGUAAUCAAAAACAAAUUGAAUUAUAUAAUGAACGAACAGACAAAAGACAUAUUCUACGUGUUGAUUUAAAACAAACAUCUUUUCCAUGGCAAUUUUUAGUAGGAUUAUAUAGUUAUAGUGAUUGUGUGACAAUUAUCUAG